AUGAUUGAUGUUGCUUUUGCUUUGGAAUAUCUCCAUCAUGUUUAUGUGACAGUGGUCGUACAUAGUGACUUGAAGCCUAGCAAUGUUUUGUUAGACGAAAGGCUGGUUGGACAUGUGAGUGACUUUGGCUUGACCAAGUUAUUCGGAGAAGGGGAAUCUAUUACUCAUACUAAAAUACUUGCAACGAUGGGCUAUAUUGCACCAGCACCAGAAGAUAUUAUUGAUGCCACAUUAAUGGAAACCAGAAGAGAUUGGUUUUCAGAAAAAGUUAAAGUGGCUCCGAAAAGAAAGUACACAAAGAGGAACUCAGCUACCAGCCAAAGGGCUGCCGCUGAUGUAGCUCAGGAAGAAACCGUUCAGACUCAAACAGCUGCUACAGGCCCAAUUGCCCCAACCACUCCUAUGGCUACUUUUUCUAAUGCUUCGUACGUGGCUGUUAGGGGAGCUAUUCAGUUGCUCACCCGGAUUGAGUUCACAGGGACUAAGGCAGAGGAGGACCCACAAAACUAUAGAGAUGGGAUGCAGAAGGUGUUCCUCAUUAUGCAUGCUACUGAGAUAGAAGCAGCGGAGUUCGGUGCUUUUCAGUUACAGGAUGUGGCCCAUAUCUGGUAUGAGUCAUGGGAACAAUCCCAAGGGGAAUAUGCACCUCCUGCUACUAGGGAUGAGUUUGUAGAUGCUUUUUCUUGUCUACUUCAUGCCAAUUGA